AUGACGGAUGGUGGUAAAGAAAUUAAUUACCAUUUCAACUGUCAAAAUCAGGAAGCAGAAAGCAACUUUACAAAGAAUAACCAAAACAUUCCUUAUGAGAUUUUCCGAAAUGAUACUACAGCCGUGGAAGUUAUCGUUAAGGGAGUAACUGGGAAACGUAAAAAAAUGACAGAUACAUCAUAUGUGAAUACAGAUAACCGAAUCAGUAGUCUUAUUAAAGAAGUAGAAGGACUCAAGAGAAAAUUAGACGAAGCAAAAACAAAUACAGAUGAAAUAAGAGAAUCUUUUCUAACAGUUGCGGUUGAAUUAAAAAGACAAUUAGAUCGGGCUCAUCAGCGGGAGAUAAAAGAGCAAACAAAAAUUUUUGCUCUUCAAUUAGAAAACUUGAAGUUGCGAUCAUUAUUGGAUUCAAAGACAAACUUAAUUAAGAAACUAAUGAAGGAAUUGAUUAGUGUAAAACGAGUGGUCAAAUUGGUUAGCAGAGGCUUUGACUGUAUUUCUAUGUCGCAGUCGCCUGACUUUAUUAAUAAUUCGGAAACCGAAUAUAGGGCGUUCGAAAAGGAGUUACAAAAUGGUUUUAUGAUGAAUGUAAUAGGACCUGAUGGAAUCACUUUCGACAGUACAAUUUCCAAUAAAUUAUAG